UUCAGUUUCGUCACAGAAUUCGUUUGGUGUUUGAAUACUGUUGUCCAUAGAAAUUCCUGUAAGUCAGGUCAAGAGCAUGGAAUGGAAGUGUCAAGUCAAAAAGGGAUAUUUGAAAUCAAAUUAAUUAUCCAUUCUGGCAGCAGGAUAUUGAAUAGAUAAUAUGUUUAUUUUGCGAAUAUAGAGAACGAAAUUUUGAAAUAUUUCCAGUAUUCCAGAUGUUACACAACAGAUAAUUUUAUAUACCUUCCCGAAAAAGAUUAAGGUUAAAUAAACAUUAUGGAUAAUAUAGUUGAUGAAGUGCCGAUUAGAUUUUGGUUCAAGUUGUUUCAAGUUAAAUUUACUUUUUGAUGGUACAACAUUUAUUCCAAUAAAAUUGAGUGUUAUUUGCUGUGAAGUUCAGAAAAACCUCUUAUUGUAUCUACUUACUGCAAGUUCAGUGAUGAAAAAAAUUAGUCCCAGAGUACGACAUGUACCUACCUAGAAUUCGAACAAUUAUGGAUAUUCCAAGCUCUGCAGAUAGUGAUGAAUUGACUGAAUAUGAUAUUUAUGGCAAAACUCCACCUCGAACGAAAAUUUCAAGAAAGAAUCGUGAAAGAAAGCAAAAAGAAAGGAUUUUGAGCACUAAAUCAACCAAAGUAGUGAAAGUUCAGACUCCCAGCUCUGCCACAAUUGAUAUCAUGUAUGACAAUAACUCAGUGAGUGACGAAAAUUCUGAAGAGAUUGGAGGUUCAAAACAUACUAGCAAAAGGCAGAUGCAGUUACUUCGUGGUUCAGAACGUGACUUGAAACUUGAUAUUGCCAGAGCACAGGCAAUUAACACAGAGGACAUUAACGACCAUCAAGACACUAACAUUAUGAGAACUCCCAGCUAUCAAAUAGAGAGUUAUAAACGAUUCAAAAGCUUAGUUUGCCGAACAUUUCCUUGCCAGAAGCAAGAAUUGAAUAACGUUGAGACUAAGGUUAAGUUCAAUCCAUUACCAGCAAAUGAAAGUACACAACAUGAUACUGUCAAGUGUCCUACACCAAGAGUUGAAUUCUAUGAAACAUUGCGUUGUCUUGUCAGAAUGGGCGGUGGAACCUCACAAGACAAGAAUCGUAGAAGAGGGAUAACUCGUGAAGAGGUUCUUUGGCAGAAUGAACUGAAAGACUUGAUAUGGCUAGAAUUACAAGCCUAUCAUGCGGAUCGAACUCCUAUGGAACAAGAUGAUUAUCUCUGUGCUGCUAGAGAAUGUGUUGAACCUCUACUUGAUGACAUAAAAAAUUACAAAUUUCAGAGACAUGUCAGAAGGUAUUCUUUUCAAAACAGUGACAGUGGGGUAGAAGAUGACUGUCCAGGAUGUAUAUCGGUUUACUGUCUAGCGUGUAUGGAAUCUCAAAAUGAAGCUCUGAGAGACGUUGACAAUCUUCUUAUGAGAUUAGAGGAAGCUGAAAGCUUAUUUCCUUCUAGUAAAGCAUUUGCAGAAUUGUAUCCUUUGUAUAGCUCACCAGAAAUCGUAGGCAGAGUCAAAGCUAUGUGCUUGUGGUACAAUCUGACAAAACAUCACAGGCUGAAAUUGAAUAUUCUCGGAAGACUUCUAACCACUUUGGAUAGUAAGCAUACAUGUUGGGCUAUAUCUGGUGACGAUACCAAUUCAGGUAGUCCUUCAGACAGUAAAAACAGCACAACCUCUUCCUCGAGUGAUUCGAUUACCUCUAUAAGGAAUGAUUUGUUCAAUAUAACUCCUCUAGCAACGCUCCUAUUUCAAACAGCUCAGAAUAAGGUAUCACCUUAUAGACGAUAUAUAGAAAAUGUGUUGAAAAUAAGGGCUUUGGACAAAAGUUUGAACUUCCUGAAUCAUUUGCACCGCCACUUGCUGAAAAAGGCUCAAUUGACUCUGGUUUUUCCAGAAGAUGAAGAAAUAUUUUCUGAAGUAAACUUCUAUUCAGAAGCUGUGGAAUUACAACGGUUUGGAGCCUGGAGCCCAGAAGCUAAAAGCCUGAAUCUUCCUUCAUACCGUUCAAUGUUUGUGUUACUUGCUAUGGUGCCAUUAGAGGUUUUACAUGAGUAUUUAAUGAUGCGCCUGGAACAGAAACCAAAAAAUCCAUCUCAUCUUAGUAUCAGACAGUUAAUGCGAGAAUUGAAAGAGGGGUUAAAAUUAGCUAUCAAAGAGAGGCACUUGUCCCGCAGCUACAUAAAAGCAGCUACUUGGGGCACUGAGAUCAUCACCGAAAAUUAUCAAGAAAGACUCGAAAGUUUUGACAAAUGUCUUAAGCAAGUUUUUAUAGACUUCUUGGACUACUUGCAACAGUGGAUUCUCUUUGACAAGUCUAAAUUUCAGAAAGACGUAUUUGAAGAAGAGUACAAAUUUUCAGUAUUUGUUUACCAAAAUGUUCCUGAUGUUAAAGAAAAGGUUGGCAAUACGUUCACCUUCAUUUCGGGGACUAUUCUGCAAAGGAUCGGUCAGAGACUAAUAACUAGGAUAGAAGAAAUACUAAGUUUAGUCAUCAAUAGUAACCAAGGAAUGAACAAGCACAAUUUAUUCUCGGUUUGCCGAGAGUUACAAACUCUCUUCAAUGAAGAGCGUGAGAUGAGUCUCAAAACGAUGUUUUUUCUCAAGACUAACUACGAAGAGAACUUUGCACCAUCAGAAAAUAUGAAAUUUGUUGGGGAAUCAAUUAUUGCCUUGAAAUGCAUUAUACCUGACGCCAUAGGCAGAGUUCAAAGGUUAUUUGACCAUAUAAGUACUGCUAAUCUGGACGACUGUGAUAAAACGGCACUAAAUAUUAGAAUAAGAGAAAUCCUAAUGCAAGUUUACCGUUUUGGAUUUGAGUUCUACAAGGAAAUGGGAGAUUCAACUCCAGCAGAAUAUCGUCCUCGUUUGGUUGAAAGCUUGCUAUCAUUUGCAAAGCUAUGGAUGAAAUUUGUCACAGAACGUUGUGAACGAGGAAGAGGCAUGCGGCCAAGAUGGGCUCAUCAGGGCAUGGAGUUUCUCCUUACAGUAUGCGAACCUGCUAACACUAAACAUUUAUCUGAAGAAAUGUUUGAAGAUCUCAAGAAGGACAUGGACGUUUGUAUCUCACAUGUUAUCGGUACUACUGCUCCUUCGACUCCGGAGAGUGGUUUUCAUUCAGCCUCAACAAGGAGCAGUUUGGAACAUGUUCGGGCUAGAUCAAGGGGUUCAUCGCCCAGCCCUCGACCAACUUAUAAAAGUCAAAGAUCCAAGGGAAGAAAAAUCAGUACAGAGCAACAAUCUCCAGUGACAGACUAUUUGGAUGCAGUUAAUUUAAAUUCAAGAAAAGAAGAGAAAGCUGAUGGUCAGUUGGUAAGGAUCAGGGUUUUCAGUAAAUCCCACACCGGUCAAUUUCAAGAAGCAGUGAAAGUUUUAGAAACAGAACUCAACAACAAGUUGAUCAAACAAAACCUUAUUGGUAAAGUCUUUCAUAAUAGGACAGCAAAUAAGAAUAUUCAGACAAAAAACGUUACAUUUUCAUGGCAGAGAGGUAUAAAAAUAGGACAAGGGAGGUUUGGCAAGGUAUAUGGGGCAGUUAAUAAUAAUACUGGUGACAUGAUGGCAGUUAAGGAAAUACCUCUCCAACAUGAUACUAGUUCAUCGAAACAUAUAGCUGAAGAAAUCAAGAUUUUGGAGGGAAUUGUUAACAAAAAUCUGGUUAGGUAUUAUGGUGUUGAAGUACACAAGGAUGAGAUGUUGAUAUUCAUGGAGUACUGCUCUGAAGGAACGCUGGAGAGUCUUAUAGCAGGAACAGAAAGAGGUCUGACAGAACCUUUAUGUAGAAGAUAUACAUUCCAAUUGGUGUCGGGAGUAGCCUGUUUACACGAACACGGAAUAGUCCAUAGAGAUAUCAAGACAGCAAAUUUGUUCCUUACCAAUGGAGGGAACUGUUUAAAAAUUGGGGAUUUUGGAUGUGCGGCCAAGAUAAAGUCCAACAUAACCAUGCCAGGAGAAUUGAAAGGAUUCGUUGGGACACAAG